AUGGUUGCUGUAAGUACCUUGUUAAAAUACGGGGUGGAGUCGACGAAGAAAGUAAAAAAGAACCGAGGUUUCAUCGCUAAGAAGACCAGAAAGACCGCUAGACCACAACACUUGAGAGCUAGCUUGGUUCCAGGUACCGUCUUGAUCUUAUUGGCUGGUAGAUUCAGAGGUAAGAGAGUUGUCUACUUAAAGCACUUAGAAGACAACACCUUAUUGGUUUCUGGUCCAUUCAAGGUCAACGGUGUUCCAUUAAGAAGAGUCAACGCAAGAUACGUCAUUGCCACCCAAACCAAGGUUGACGUUGCUUCGUUAGACUUGGCUAAGUUUGACGUUGCUUACUUUGCUAGAGAAAAGACCAACAAGAAGUCCAAGUCUGAAAAGGACUUCUUCGGUGACAACGCUGCAAAGAAGGAAAUCAAGUCCGAAAGAGUCCAAGACCAAAAGGUUGUCGACAAGGCUUUGAUCUCUGAAAUCAAGAAGACCCCAUUAUUGAAGCAAUACUUAGCUUCUUCUUUCUCCUUGAAGACUGGCGACAAACCACACUCCAUGGUUUUCUAA